AUGAACACUCCUUAUGUCACUCUCUUUCAUCUCUCUUACCACCACCACAACCUUCUUCUACCACCACCACCGCCGCCUCCUUCCAUCACCACCACCACUACCUCAUCUACACUACAGCGCCUCCACAACCAUCAACGUCGCCUCUCUCUCUUGCAUCACCACCCUCACACAAGCACCACCAUCACACCACCCCCACACCACAACUAUCAAGAUCCGGCAAGAGCCGUUUUUCCGGCGACCAUGGUGAGCUACAACAGCGGUCAUAAAGAAACCCAUAGCAGUCCGGCACCACCGUAUUCUCCCAUAUUCUCAAAUUCAAAUCAAGAUAGAAAUUCAUCAAACUCUCUUUACAAACAUGAAUCAAAGUAG